UUCUGGCAACGCCCCACCUCCAGGGGGCCGGGUGCCCAGGUUCCAGAUCAGAGCCUCACUCGACUUUUAGGCUCGGAGGAGCCUCAGAGGGAGUCAGUCACAGAGGGGGAGACCGACGGACAGGAUGGCCACGGGAUCGCGCUAUGCCGAGAAGGUGGUCAUCGUGACCGGGGGCGGGCGCGGCAUCGGAGCCCAGAUUGUGCGAGCCUUCGUGGAAAGCGGGGCCAAAGUGGUUAUCUGUGACAAAAUGGAGGCGGGGGGCAAGGCCCUGGAGCAGGAGCUUCCAGGAACUGUCUUUAUCCUCUCUGACGUGACUAGGGAGGAAGAUAUGAAGAGGCUCGUUUCAGAGACCAUCCGCCGUUUCAACCGCCUGGAUUGUGUGGUCAACAACGCCGGCAUCCACCUGCCCGUACAAUGGCCUGAGGAGACCUCUGCAAAGGAAUUCCGGGAGCUGCUGGAGGUGAACCUGCUGGGGCCAUACACCCUGACCAAGCUCGCUCUCCCCCACCUGCGGAAGAGCCGGGGCAACGUCAUCAACAUCUCCAGCUUGGUUGGAGCCACUGGCCAAUUGCAGGGAAUUACCUAUGUGGCUUCUAAGGGGGCGCUGACGGCCAUGACCAAGGCCUUGGCCCUGGAUGAGAGUAAAUACGGUGUUCGAGUUAACUGUAUCUCCCCAGGAAACAUCUGGACCCCAAUGUGGCAGGAGCUGGCAGCCACACAGCCGGACCCCAAGGCCUCUGUCCAGAAGGGCAUACUAUCCCAGCCUCUGGGCCGCAUGGGCAAUCCAGCCGAGGUGGCCGCUGCCGCUGUGUUUCUGGCCUCCGAAGCCACCUUCUGCACCGGUUUUGAACUAUUCAUGACUGGGGGUGCGGAGCUGGGCUAUGGGUACAAAGUCGAGCAUGGUGCCCCUCUGGAGGCCCCUGACACCGUCCCUGAUUACCCACCUUCCAAGUCGGGCUUCUCCGACUAGGGCUCUCCCACCCCAGACUCAGCCUCCCAAAUUCCAGCUUCUUCCCUCUGCCUCUCAGGGGCAGCCCCAAACCCUAGACACUCAGCUCAUUUACCGGUAUGCCAAACCACCGCACAGAUUCCCAUAAAAGCUAUUUGCAACCCUGGCUGGUGUGGCUCAGUGGUUGAGCACUGGCCUAUGAAUCAAAGGGUUGGUGGUUUGAUUCCCAGUCAGCACACAUGCCUGGGUUGCCACCCAGGUCCCCAGUAGGGGGCACCUGAAAGGCAACCACACUUUGAUGUUUCUAUCUCUUUCUUCCUUCCCCUCUCUAAAAAA